GGGAGACAGGCAGGGCGGGAGCUCCUCGGCGGGCCUCAUGAAUAUGCAUCACCUGCAUGACGGCAUUCCAGGCGGAAGAGGGGAGAGCAGGAGGGCGGCGGUGAGGCGGGGCUUCAGGGUAAACAAACGGGACGGCGUACGAGGGCGGGGCUGGGGGGGAGCAGUUUCCCAGGAGGUUCCGGCGCGAGUCUCAGAGAGGGGGAGGCAGAGACUACAGAUGAGCGCGGUGCACCUUGGGAGUUGUAGUUCCAGUGCGCGGACGGGCAUGUCCGAAGGAAACGUGGUGAACUACAAGCCCCAGAGAUCCUUAAACUAUGCCCCUCCUUUCAGCCAGCCGUGUGCCCUGGACAGUGGGUAUUCUGCCCUCUGCUGUUGAACUCCGUGCCCGGGAAUGUUCUUGUUCAUUAUUUUGUACUUAGCCCGCCCACUCCCGCUUCCCAGAAGACUUUCGUUUUCCCGGCUAAUUGAAAGAGAGGGCUUUGAAGGGACUCUAAACGGUACAAAGGUCCCCAGCCUUUGGUCUUCACCUCCACCACCCAUUGAACGUACUUAGUGGAAAUCGUGCAGCCCCGACCCGAUCCUCCAGUUCCUACAUCUGAGAAGGAAAAAGGCAAAGGGCUGAGAUCUCAUUUUUCCCUGUUGGUCUGAAGGUUUGAAGUAACUUAAUGACACAGAAAGCGAUGGAAAGUAGAGGAAACGUUGGAAGGGAGACACGGUGGGAUAUGAGAUGGGCUGGUCCUGUAUGUUCUCUCUUAACGCCUUCCCUUGUUUCUUCUUCCAACAUUCAGAAAAAGUUAUACUCUACGGCUACAAUGUUAUUCGUGGUCUGAAAAGUUGCACUUUCUUGUCAGUUGAAACAAUAUUGUAGGCUAGAUUAGAAUAGCAUACUAUUUAAAAGAAUUUAGUAAAUUUUUUAAUUUAAUUACUAUUCCCCCACAUUGUUUUAGAAAUCUGGAUUUUCACAUUUGAGACUUUUUCAACUUCAUACUACCCAGGGCCUGCCUUAACUUCAACAAAGUUACUAAACUUGAGGGUGAAUUGGGGGUGAGGGGUUUGAGGAAAGAAGAAGGAGAGAGAAACAGAGAAACUGGAACUUGUACCUGAAAUAACAGAAACUAGUAAGGGCAGGGAAAGUUGUACUUGGGUUAUCUACACAGUUUCAUUGAAGAGGAAUGGAGGAAGUUACAGGACCAAAAAAUAUAUAUUUAUCUUGAUUCUUGAAAUUCCUGAAAAUGAUUUUUUAUAUUUUUCUUUUGAAGUAUUACCUCUUGGUCUCAUGAAACAAAUGUUUAUUCCAUUUCAAUUCAAUCAACAGCACAGAGUUACAUUUUUAAAAUUAGGAAGAAUGCAAGUUCUCCCAAGAGACAUAAGAUAGUCAAGUCAAUUAAUUUAACAAAUAAUUAUAAACAUAUUAUAUGCCAGGUACUCUGUUACAGUAAUUGAAUAAAUCAGACACUGUCCUUGCCUUCACAGAGCUUAUAGAUUAGCAAGAAAGAGGUUCAACAAGUGAGAGGGAUGUGGACGAGGGGAGAAUACUGGGUGCCAUGGAGGAAGCAAAAAUAAAACAAGAGAACUGACCUAGUCUAGGGAGUCCAACAAUAGAGACCUCACUUUGGAUGAAAUUUUCUGGAACAAAUGAAGCUGAGUACUUGCUGAAGGCUAAGUCUCUGAAAGAAAGUAAAGAGGCAGAGAAAGAGAAAUAUAGAUUCACUUCGCAGUGAAGAUGGCAUCGGGCAGUGGGACAAAAAACUUGGACUUUCGCCGAAAGUGGGACAAAGAUGAAUAUGAGAAGCUCGCCGAGAAGAGGCUCACGAAAGAGAGAGAAAAGAAGGAUGGAAAACCAGUGCAGCCAGUCACGCGAGAGCUUCUCUGGCAUCGGGACUCCAAGGUGGACCUGGAAUCCAAACUUGGGAAGGCAAUCGUCAUUACCAAGACCACCCCACAGUCUGAGAUCGGAGGAUACUAUUGCAAUGUCUGUGACUGUGUGGUGAAAGACUCCAUCAACUUCCUGGAUCACAGUAAUGGAAAGAAACAUCAGCGAAACCUGGGCAUGUCUAUGCGUGUGGAAUGUUCCACUUUGGAUCAGGUGAAGAAACGUUUUGAAGUCAACAAGAAGGAGAUGGAAGAGAAGCAGAAGGAUUAUGACUUUGAGGAAAGGAUGAAGGAACUCAGAGAAGAGGAGGAAAAGGCCAAAGCCUACAAGAAAGAGAAACAGAAGGAGAAGAAAAGGAGGGCGGAGGAGGACUUGACAUUGGAGGAGGAAGGUGAGAUGACAGCUGUGAUGGGCUUCUCUGGCUUUGGUUCCACCAAGAAGAGUUACUGAGGCUUUCUAUGCUUGGCUUUUUGCCAGGCCUAACUUUGUGUGUGUGGGCUUCAUCUUUUGGGAGGUACUGGGGAAAGUCCUUAAGAGUGGCAGCGGGGAGGGCUAGAGGGUGGGUGUUUGUGGUUUCCCUCUACCUUGGGAGAGAGCACAGGAUGCAACGGAGUGUGCUGUGGCAUGUUCCUUCAGCCUCAGUAUUUCACUGGAGACAGAGGACCUCUGAUCAUCUGAGUUCCCAAUAAAGAAAAACCACCUCUUCUGAGGCUGCUUUCCCGAAAAAAAAAAAGAA